CAGAAUGAAUAGGGGUGACCAGGAAGUGCGAGCCAAGACUUGGAAGGACAGAGCCUUCUCUCAACAUCUUCGGAAGGUGACAGGACAUCUGGACUCCCUAAUUCUCUUCUUACCCUUUGUUGGGUCCGGGGUUUGUUUGCAGUCGGGAACUAGGAGCUCCGUUUGCCUUUUCUUAGUAGGGGCUUGAGCAAACAUCUGAACAUGUGGAAUCCCAAUGCUGGAUACCCAGGACCAAAUCCAUAUCCACCCCAUGGCGGGUGUCCAGGUUCCCAUCCUACCUGUCCACCACCUGUCAAUCCUGCUUUUCCUCCUGGAUCCUGUCCCCCUCUUCCAGGAGUCCCCCCAGGGAAUCCAGCUGUCCCUCCAUGUCGGCCCCUUUAUCCUGUGCCACAGCCAGGGUGUCCAGGAUACCAACCCUCAGGUCCGUACCCUCCCCCACAUCCACCACCUGCCCCUGGCAUGUGCCCUGUGAAUCCUCUGGCUCCUGGCAUGGUAGGCCCAGGAAUGGUGAUGGACAAGAAGAUGCGGAAGAAAAUGAAGAAAGCUCAUAAAAAGAUGCACAAACACCACAAGCAUGGCAAGCAUUCCUCCUCCUCCUCUUCCAGCAGUGACUCUGACUGAACGCAGGCCUGGGCCCUCCUCCCCUCAAGUGUCACCAGUUCUGAGCUCCCAUCAAGCUUCAGUUGUCAUCUCUUACCAAGGGAAAUUAGCCCUCUACUCCCUGCCCCACUCCUACCUGUGCCUUCCCUUGCUGCUCAAUCCUGAUUGGCUAGGGAGACUUGGAAGAAGCCUGCCUUCGCCUUGCUUGACAUGGCUGAAGGGUUUAGCAGGGAGCUGUCUUUUGAGGACGGUGACUUGCUGAGCUGAAUGAUGAAGACCAUGCCAAGAUCUGUAAAAUGUGAUCUUUCAUUUCCUGUCGUAAUACUUGUGGUUGGGGUUUUGUGGAAAUGUAAUUAUGAUGAAAACCUUGUACUUUUGUAAUGGUGGCACAUUAGACUGAUUUAGUGGCGACUUUAUUCAGCAGGCCUUUUAUUGUUGUAACUGCAAAGCUGUUGAGGGGUCUGUUGGCUUGAUGAGCUUUUUUUUUGGUUUUGAGACAGGGUCUCCCUUUUAGCCACAGCUGGCCUUCUGGAACUCACUAUAUAGACCAGGCUGGCCUUGAUUUCACAGAGAUCCACCUCCUUUUGCCUCUGCCUCCCAAGUACUGGCAUUAAAGGUGUGUGCCACCAUGCCCAUCUUGAUGAGCUCUUCUGGAACCUAGUCUAUUCCUUAGUUCAAUAUGCUAUCUCAGACUACUCUCAGUUUAAAUAAAGCUGUUUCUCCUGGUCUCUA